AUGUGUAGUGACAUUGUUAUGUGUGGAGUGAAUUUUCCAGUGUCGUCGCUUCAAGAAGCGCGUCUUCCCUUCAGGGAGCUAGCUGCAGCAACACCAAAUGCGCUACCAACUUUCAACACAAUUCGCUCCUUGAACAUGGUCUCUCUCUUAUCUUCCAGUAUUUUGCUGCGGCAUAAUCCAUUGCUCCUCAAGCUACCUCCAUAUCUGUCCUUUCUCUGCAUAGUUGUUGGUGUCGCAUGGCUGCUUGUUUUACCUCUAGACGACUAUUCACGGAAGACUUAUAUCUCAGAGAACGCUCUUCUCCCGGGCCAGGUCCAUACUUAUUUUGCUGGGAGCGACCAGAACGUGUUUCGAGGUUAUAAGCAUGAGGUUGAUGCGCUGGAGGGGAAGAGUAACAUCGAGAUAAAUAACAAGCUGGAGGAGUUCUUUAUAUCCUCUGGGCUGAAGGUCGCUAGGCAAAAGUACGAGUACAAGUCUGCAGGCGAAACAUAUUUCGGGGAGAAUAUAUAUGCCAUACUUCACGCCCCCAGAGGAGAUGCCACGGAAGCCAUUGUGCUUGUAGGAGCCUGGAAGAAUAUCGAGGAGGAGCUCAAUCGGAGCGGAGUUGCCCUCGUCCUUACGUUGGCCCGAUACUUCAAGAGAUGGUCUCUUUGGUCGAAGGAUAUAAUUUUCCUGGUCACAGCAGAUAGCACAGCUGGACCGCAAGCUUGGGUUGACGCCUAUCAUGAUACACACCAAUCUCCAUCAAUUGACUCACUUCCUUUGAAGAGUGGAGCGUUGCAAGGAGCAGUGGUCAUUGACUACCCAUUCGAUCACCGUUUCGAGUCCAUCCAUGUUGUCUAUGAUGGAACCAAUGGGCAGCUCCCAAACUUGGACAUCUUGAAUACAGUGGUAUCUAUCGCAAGCGGCCAGAUGGGUAUUGGAGUUUCUAUUCAGAGAAUGUGGAAGCAUACGGACAGCUACCAGGACCGACUCCAGACUAUGCUUCGUGGGAUGCUGAAGCAAGGCCUCGGUUAUGCAUCUGGACCACACAGCAGCUUCAUUCCCUACCACGUUGAUGCUAUUACGCUACAGCCCUUUGGAGACGGAUGGCAAGACGAAAUGGCAAUGGGAAGAGUCAUCGAAAGCACCUUCCGAAGUCUGAAUAAUCUGUUGGAACAUCUGCAUCAGAGCUUCUUCUUCUACCUGCUCAUGCAGUCCAACCGUUUUGUCAGCAUUGGCACUUACCUUCCAAGUGCCAUGCUGGUGGCCGUCAACUUCACCAUCAUGGCGAUCUUCCUUUGGAUCAAGAGCGGAUCGCCCAAGAGUCCGCCGAAAGAGUCAUCCAAGGAAGGAGAAAAUAAGCAACUGGAUCUGGUGAAGGGAGCUAGUGCAAUUGUACUCGUUCCAGAGGAGAUUAUGACAGUGCGAGAGCGAGAGCUUUUUCUACCACUAGCUGUGGUCGCUGGCAUCCAUUUGCUAGGAAUUCUGCCCCUCUUCAUUUUCAAUCACGCGCCUCAGAAUAUGCUACGAGCUGUGUUCAUCUUUACAGUUGCGUUGAAUUGCAUCCUCCCCUUCUUCCUCUCCAACAGCCUAGUUCAGUACUUCGCUCCAACCACUCAACAAUACACGCUAAUAAAAGCGUUCUCGCUACUUCUCCUUGGAAUGUUCCUAUCUGCUCUUGCCACACUUAACUUCUCCCUGGCGUUCCUCGUUGGCUUAUUUUCUGCUCCUUUAACCUACAUCCAACCACUUCCGAAUAACCCUAUCAUUGCGAUUGCCAUAGCCUGUUUAUUGACUCUACUGGCGCCUACCACGGUGGUGAUGGCAGGGUCGUGGCACUGGGCAUUAAGCAUUGGGCAGGUGUUGAAGGAGGCUGCUUUUGGAUGGGACGUCUGGGGUAUGAAUACGCAGGUGGUGGUCUGGUGCGUUUGGUGGCCGGCUUGGGUUGUAGGCAUGCUUUUGUUGUUUGGCAAGCCCAGGUUGGACGAGGAGAGAAACGGGGAAGUGAUUAUAGUGAAAGCGUAG